AUGGGUUGUUGUUCCACUAAAGGAAGAAGAAAACAUUCACUAUCUAUUCCAAAAACAAGUAUUUUAAAAAAGCCAAGCCCUCUUUAAUAAGUUUAAAAAGAAAUAGUUAAUACUAAAAAGAAAACUCUCAGUUUUUAAUUGCUAUCUAUAAAUUCCUAAGAAGUAAAUAGAAAAAGUCUUUAUACAAAACAAAUCAUUUCAGACUGA